AAACAGCGUGCUGCUACCCUUGCACCAAGGACUUCUAAAAUUCCUUAUUAAAUUCUAACCAAGAAUAAGUCAUAGCGAAGGUUUAUAACUCAACAUCUUGCCUGCCCUGGCCUGGUAGGAACGGCGUCACAGAAUGGACAGCCGAGUACAACAGCUACUGGCUGAACUCGAAGAACAGAAACGACUACGAGAAAUUGCGGAAGCACAGGCGGAAAAGGAAAGAGGACUACGACAAGAGGAACAGCGACGACGCGAAGAGGAACAGCGACGACGCGAAGAAGCAGAGAGCCUUACUGCAGAUACCCAGCUUACCACAUUUCUACCCUUUCUCUGUAACUGCCAUGAGCUCUUACUCGCAAUCCGCAUCGUGACAGACCCGACAAGAACCACCCAGGGUACUGUAACCAAGCCAGCUAAUCGGAGGGUUCCUUCGCGCAUCAUAAUAUGUGACAAGUUCUUUGCUAGGCAGGAGGCAGUCUGGAGGAUUCUCAAUGAUCAUCCAUUGUUUCUGAUGAAAAAGCAGUUUCCGUCAAAACAUCAGCUUGAGUAUGUCUGCAAGGUCCUCAGCCCGAUCACUGCGGAAUCGGAUCUUCGAUACUAUGAACGAGAGACGGUGGAGAACCAGGUUCGCAAUAUCGUCGACCGGAUCACUGAAGAUGUAAGUCUCAAAGAGGCAUUUGGACUGCGAGGCUCAAUCACCUUCAAUAGCCAUACAAAUGUAGGACGUCCACAGGAGAGCUCGCUGAGUGAAGGGGGGGAGAACCUGUCAAUCAACUCAGAGACUGCACCAUCGGCCAAAGCUAAGGGUAGAGGUCGGAAGAAAAAGAAGGAGUCCGCCACAGUCACAAGAGGGCAAGCGGAUCGCUUCUGUAUCUACCGCCGGGAUGGCGAUGAUCACAUCCCCGCCAUCGCGAUCGAAUAUAAGGCGCCUCACAAACUCACGCAGGCCGAGAUGACCACAGGACUGAGGGAAGAGAUCCGACCCGCCCGGGAUGUGAUCAAUCAGGAGUCUGAGGAUGUUACCUUCUGCUGUAGAAGACUUGUCGCCGCGGUCAUCACCCAGCUCUUCUCCUACAUGGUGCACAAAUGCGUACGAUACGGCUACGUCUGCACCGGAGAAGCCUUCAUCUUUGUGUACAUCCCAGACGAUCCAUCUUCAGUUCAGUGUGCGCUUUGCAUACCGGGUCGGGAUGUCAAGGGGACCGACGAUGAUGAUCUCCAGGGGACAGCCGUCGCGCAGGUCCUGGCAUUCACCAUCAGAGCAUUGACCUCGCCACCAGUUCCCCAGCAGUGGAGCGAUGCCGCUGAUGAGCUUGAUAUCUGGCCCGUGGAGUAUUCCGACAUCCUAGACCAGACUCCACCUGCCGCUCGCCUGAAACAUGCCUCCCCAUUAUACCGCGGCAGACGCCCUCACAAUCUUUCUCCCUUCAGGAUGACGCUGCGAUCCGGAUGUCGGCCCUCUGAAAACAAACCCCGACCGACAAGCUCCCCCUCGCCGUCUCCUCCCUCAUCCCCUUCCCUUACACCGCACUCCGGGCCCCGUGGCCGAGCCAGAAGGGGAGGUCACAUCCAGUCUGCAAAGCCCAGAGGGACUCCAGGACAUGGGGAGGGCACCCAGCGGAUGCCCAAUGCUAUUGAGACACUGACCAUCAAGACUCGCCCAUACUGCUCUCAGCGAUGUCUCCUUGCGCUUAGGGACAACACCCCUCUUGAUCCCACAUGCUCCAACUACGAGGAUCACAGGAAGCACCGGAUCAAGGCAGGCGAAUUCCGUGCUCUUGUCCAGAAGCAACUUGCCACAGAUCGUGGCCCAGACGCUGACUGCUGUCCACUCUACAAGGCAGGAAGUUGUGGCGCGCUGCUCAAAGUGAGGCUUUCAUCGCAUGGAUACACCUUGGUCGCCAAGGCCGUGGAAUGCAAGCAUAAGCAUAAACUCCGACAUGAAAUGAAGGUCUACAAUGAGCUCCGAGAUCUCCAAGGCGAAUGCAUUCCGGUCUGUCUUGGUUUAGUGAAACUGGCGCCGGGGCGCCCCUAUUACUAUGAUGAAAAAAUCCACACCCACAUUUUACUUCUAAGUUGGGCAGGAGAACCAAUUGAGAAAUACAGGAAACUGAACCACACGGCGGUCGCGGGAUCCACGGUAGAUGCCCUCGAAGCCAUUCACUCUAAAGGAGUUACCCACGGUGACGCGGAACCGCGGAAUAUGCUGUGGGACCUAAGCCGCCAACGUGUGGUCAUAGUAGACUUGGAGCGAUCGACUAUACGGAAUCCUCUAUCCUCCGUGUCUACUAACUCGAGAAAGGAUAGGAAAUUGACGAAUGAUGACUAUAGCAAAGAGCUUCAAAGGGUCAAGGCUUUAUUUGAGGGUAAUGCGGAGUCAUCGUUGUAGAAUUCUUUAUUCCGCGACUUAACCCAGUGUUGUGAUUGAUACUUUCCGUUGUACUUUGGAAUAUCUGCGCCUCUAUAGUUUCCUAGAUUUUGUUUCACUAAUCUCGCUAUACAUGUAGUUAAUCUCCUUUCCCGGAAGACCUUAACAGUAUUAUUAAAUAAUGAUUAGGAGAAAGCUUUCUUAGACUUUGGUCAUCUAGUUUUCUAUCCCGAGCAAAUUUCAUGUGAUUUUGAUGUCUCUGCUCGGCUGCAGGCGGGCACCCCGCCGUUUUUGAAUCGCGCUGCGAUCGAGCCUUCGAGAGGGCUGAGUGAAGUGGGGGAAUUAUGUCACGUGAACACAAAGGUUCUCUUGUUGGCUGAUGCACUACAUUAUUGACUAGAGAGUCUUAGAUACAAUCAAUAUUACUAUCUUUAGAAUUAAAUCUAAGCGCAGAGCGGACUUAGAUUGGCAAGGAGCUUUCCCGGGUAAGAGCAUGUCUGAGCAAUAAACCGGCCCGGUUCAGAGUGCUGGUGCAGGGAGCUUCAAUAGGUUAGAAGCACGGGAAACAAAUGCGCUUGGGGGUGUGCUUAAGAUUAAACCAGGGGGCGGGCGCGAGGGCCGGGAUAUCACGUGACGCUCCGGGGGGGUCUUUAACGAAGUGUGGUUAAGGGCCUUAACCGGGGAAACAGGCCGGGCCGGAGGUGCGGGCGCGGGGGACGGCCGGAGAGUCACUAGAGCAGUCCGCAGCGGGCGCAGUGCCCGGUGUCUAGAGAAGGUAAUAGUCCAGCAUGGCAAUGUUAAUGUCUUGAUAAAUGCGGUGACAAGACCUCACUUGACAUGCUUAGACAGUUCUCAAUAAUAGAACUGCUUCAAACACACUUCUCUGAUCAGUCAGUUAAAGCUAUAUCUCAAUUCUUCUUUCUAUAUUUGCGGAGUGUCACUGCUGUCUACUCAAGUAUAUCCGCAAGAGAAGGAUAUUUUACAUAUAUACAUA